ACGCAAAACAAUAAUAACACGGCCAAAUCCCAUGGCACACAAAAAUGAACAACGUUGAAAUUUUGUUUCUGUGUCAACAUUGAUUGGUUUUAAUACUGACAGUAAUAGUAAUUUAAUAGUAAAAACAAUUGAAAUCAAUUUUAUAAUUGGAGCAAGGAAUCGACGACAUGCAAACAUUCGUUGAGCUGGAUAACAACGACUUUUCGCGUCUUAUGCUGCGGACAAAGGUGAUCAAGUUAAUCCAGCGUAUACAGAAGGAGCUUUAUGACGACAUGGUUAUUGAAGACAGACUCGAGGAAGAUGAACACGAGAACGGCGAAGGUAGUAAAGAGAGUGGAAAAAGCAAUGAAGACCCAUUGGAGGGUAGUAACGACUACCAAGGAAUCACACUCGAAAAGGUCAUCGAUAUAAACAUUAUUUUCAAACGAUCUGCAAACGCUAAGGCAAUCAUUGAAGUGCUCAAGGAAGGACAUAAACCAAACGACAAAUGCAUGAACGACAUAAAGAAUGUUCUCUGUGAGUUCCUGCAGUCGGUGUAUGGAUUCCGCCCGUCUGCAUUCCAUAAAAAUCUAUUGGCUCAAAGCCUUGUGCGGUCAUAUCCAGCCUUGAUGUCCUCGAAUCCGGAUGUACCGCAAGCAUUAUGGUUCCAUCCAAAUGCACGGGGCAAAAAUCAUCACAGCGGUCGUUUGCACUACCAUAUGGAGUACCUGGCCAGGAAAUCCGGAGUUCGUAUCGUUCAUCGGGGCACAAGGCAGACUGAGGAAACAAACGGCACAGAAGAAACUGGUGCUGACUCUGCAAAUUCAGGAGAAGAAGCUGAUAUGGUAGCAGUGGUACAGGAGCUGAAAUUCUUAUGCCCAGGGCCGAACACAAAACUUCGCGCUGAAGAGCUUUGGCAUCUCACGUUCAACGAACGGAAGGAAAUGCGCCAAAAUCGGACAUUCCAUGUGUACCUCGAGACGUACCCUGCUGCUACUGCCUUUAACGGAUCCUUGGUAAGCAUCGGUCAAGGUUAAUGGAUGUAUUUGGGCCCACCUGUUUGAUUAACUUUGUUCAGCAUAUUAAAAUCGCUAAGGCUUCUGUUAACAUUAAUAUUUAUUUUGAUUUCUAACCAAUUUUAUGUGCCAAAAUAACUUCGGGAGGGUAACAUACACCCAUUACUCUAUUUGGUGACCAUACAGUCAGGUCUUCUAUAAAACGCAGCCAUGCACUUUACGUCCACCACAAUUUGUGACCUGUCUCAACUGCCUUUUUAAAGUGUGAAUAGUGGGUCCUAGUAUGAGCUUCCCACAUACAAUACAAUGAACUAAAUGGGUUGCAAGACAGCCGAGUAGUUGAGGUGGGUAUAAAAUGUGAGUGGCAGCGUCUAAGGAGACCAGACUGUACAUUAUACCCGUCAUUAGUAAGGGCGUUGUUGCUUAAUGUAAUAUUUGUCUAUUUAUCACAGAUUUCAUUGGAAUUUCAUUUGAUGCACCCGAACGCUCCAGACUUUGAUGAAAAACUCGCACAAUUCCAACAGAAACUAUUGUCACGUUACAGUGACUUUUUCAAACACGUCAAAAACGGUGAGUUGCAUAAUCAUUUAGUUAAAAAUUACUUUACUGACCACUUGAACCAUCUUUUUCUAGACUUCAUUCGCAUGCUGAUGAUAAUUCGUCAAAAGUGCCCGAGUCGUGGUGCCAAGCGCACUCGAGACGCCGACCCUGCAAAGGAGAACAUACUGAAGGGAAUCGUCGAAUGGAUCAACCCUGAAGAUCCG